CCCAGAAAGUUCCCUUGUGCUUUGCCUUUGAUUCUUUGAAAAGAAAUCAAUCGAGGACCAUUUGUUUCGUUUUUGUCGAAUUAAAUAAAUUAUUCGGAAAACAAAUCAAUAUUCAAAAAUGGCAUCGAGUACCUCAGGUGGUGAACAAAUAGAUCUGGAGAAACUGAGCAUGGAGCAGUUACAACAAAUCAAAGCUGAAUUCCAAUCCGAAGUUGAAGCCAUCCAAGACUCAAUCCAAACCCUCUACAACUGCAAAGCCAAGUACGCCACCUCUAAAGAAGCCCUCGAACAAGUACAACCCGACUGGCAGGACAAGGAGAUCCUUGUCCCACUGACAAGCAGCAUGUACGUCCCCGGAACAAUCAAGGACAUGAAUAAUUAUGUGAUCGAUGUUGGAACUGGCUACUAUGUUGAAAAAGAUCUCGAAACGUCGAAAGACUAUUUCAAGCGCCGAGUAGAGUACGUGCAGGAACAGAUGGAGAAAAUCGAGAAGAUCCAAUACCAGAAGAGCAGAUUCCUGAGUGCUUUGAUCAGUGUCAUGGAACAGAAGCAGCAAAUGGCCAAGCAAGCAGCUUAAUGCACCCGAAUCCAACCCAUUUCAUCACAAACGAAAAAUGAUUCUCUGUUGUCACGCCCAACACCAGCAAUUCAGAAUAAGCAUUUAAGAAAAAGAAAUAAAAUUAAAAAUGAAACCAGAAGUGAGUUUCGAAAUCGAAA